GGGGCCGGGCGGUGCGCGGGCGGUGAAGGCUGUGCGCUCCCGAGGGCGCCGGUGCGCGAGGCUGCGGGUGUGCUUGAGCGGCCUGCCCCGGGCCCGCCGCUGCCAUGGACGGUCUGCGCCAGCGCUUCGAGCGUUUUCUAGAACAGAAGAACGUAGCCACCGAAGCGCUCGGGGCGCUCGAAGCCAGGACCGGUGUAGAGAAGCGGUAUCUCGCCGUGGGAGCCCUCGCCCUCCUAAGCCUGUAUCUUCUGUUCGGCUACGGGGCCUCUCUACUGUGCAAUGUCAUCGGAUUUGUAUACCCCGCAUAUGCUUCAGUCAAAGCCAUCGAGAGCCCAAGCAAGGAAGACGACACUGUGUGGCUAACCUACUGGGUGGUGUACGCCCUGUUCGGUCUGGUCGAGUUCUUCAGCGAUCUACUCCUGUUCUGGUUCCCUUUCUACUACGCGGGCAAGUGCGCCUUCCUGUUAUUCUGCAUGACUCCGGGGCCCUGGAAUGGGGCUCUAAUACUGUACCAUCGCGUCAUACGACCACUAUUUCUAAAACACCACGUGGCCCUAGACAGCGCCGUGAAUCAGCUCAGCGGAAGAGCAUUGGACAUAGCAGCUGGGAUAACCCGGGACGUACUGCAGGCCCUAGCUCGGGGCCGGGCUCUCGUCACCCCAGCAUCAGCAACGGAACCCCCAGCCGCUCUGGAACUGGACCCCAAGACAAGUCAGACCCCGCUCCUGAAGCACAAGUGAGGUCCCAUGGCAGUCUGUGCGCGGAGCCCCUGGCCAACGACAAGGAGCACACAGCUGAUGCCCAGGCCUCUCACUCCUCCUUGGACUCCCACACAGAGACCCAACAUCAACG